GAAGAAAAACGAAAACUUAACCCAAGACAGGAUACGUUUUUGAGCUGAGCAAAAAAGAAACAGAGUGAAGAGAGUAUGUGUGUAUGUGUUUGUACUACGCCUAAGAAGUGGUAAAAGACAAUAAAUUUGUGCCACACACAAACAACAAUUAAUAAUGCAAAUCUUUUUGCCGCCAUGCCCACCCCCCUCUGUUCCCCGUUUCCUUCAAUAUGUUUUCACAGCAGCCAAACAGGACAAGUCGGAACAAACUGAGGGCACACCCGAUGAAUUCGAACUGGACGAUUGCCUGCUGGAGAGCAACGAUAUUGUCAUCACACAGAACAAGGAUGGCUUUGUGCUGCACGUCAAGAAGCUGGGCAACAUCACAGCUGCCAAGCUGGGCACCACCGAGGAGGACCAAACGGCGGCAGUCACCGUCACCGGACCCGCUGGACAGCCGACCCAAACUAUAACCGAGCUGCUCAGCGCGGCGGCGCACAGCACGGAUGUGAAGCCCACGUUGACGACAUUGACGAACACGCCCAUCAAGUUGCCCUCAUCAGAAUGCGAGCUUAUCAACAUCAAGAAAAUCAUACCAUCAACAUCUACAUUGGCGACGCAUAGCAGCAGCAGCAGCGGUGGCACAACCACCAUUAUACAUCCGCACCACAUUAUACAACACGUGACGCAGGAGACGCAACAGCAGCAGCAGCAGCAGCAAACACCCCAGCAACAUCAUCCUCAUCAUCAUCAGCAGCAGCAACAGCAGCAACAACAACAACAACAACAACAACAACAACAACAACAACAACAACAGCAGCAGCAGCAGCAAUUGCACAUUGAGGAGGUGCCACAAAGCUCGCAUCAUCAUCAUCAGCAGCAGCACCACCAGCUGCAUCAAGGCGCUCAGCAAGUACAAAGCAUAAUAACAUCCCAUACGGGCCAGACCAUCAAUUUGGUGGGUCUGCGCAAUGUUCAAAUUGGCGAACAGAAGCCGAACAUUGCCUCGCGCAUACGAUAUUCGCGUGGCAAGAUUAUUGCGCCGACCGUUAGCAAUUUACAGAUUGUGGAAACACACGAGGCCAUACCGCAUCAGCACCACGAGCUGGCCGAUGGCACAAAGUAUGAGAUUAGCGAAAUAGAUCUGAACAAUCCGAAUGCAUCGGCGGCAAUAAUCAGCGAUCUGGUCAAGUAUGCUGAAAUCGAUGAUAUCGAGCUGCCGGAUGGUACCAAAAUUGGCAUUGGCUUUGCGCCCUCCGAGAUCACCGAGCACAUGCAGACAACGGCGGGCGAGACGCACAUAACCACCAUUGAGCAUGAGCCGCAGGAGCUGCAGGUGCAUCAGCAUGAACAGCAGCCGCAAACGCAUCACAUACAUGCCUCACAGCUGCAGACGCAUCACAUACAUCCGGCAACGGUAGUGCAGCAGCAGCAGGAGCAGGAGCUGGAGCAUCAACAGCAGCAGGAGCAUCAUCACAUCCAGCUGCAAGCGGAGGAUGAUGACGGUGUCGAGACCAUAAUACCCGAAGAGCUGGGCGUACAUGAUUCGAGCAAGAGCUAUACCAUUUUGACCACACGCCCCAUGAAAGAGGAAUCGGAUGCUGGCGGCGAUCCCAGUGGCAUGACCUAUGAGCUGUCGUUGAGCGACUCCUCAUUGGGUCCCUGCGACGAUCCCGAAUCGCGUUACGUUUGUCGGCAUUGUGGCAAAAAGUAUCGCUGGAAAUCGACGCUGCGCCGUCACGAGAAUGUCGAGUGCGGCGGCAAGGAACCGUGUCACCCAUGUCCCUACUGCACCUACAAGGCCAAACAGCGUGGCAAUCUGGGCGUGCAUGUGCGUAAACAUCAUCCCGAAAAGCCUCAGCUGGAGAGCAAGCGGGGACGCAAGAUCUAAGAAGGGGGCGUGAGUACCACACAAAGAACAGUAGCAACAAAAAAUACCAGUUUUCAUUAUUCUUCUACAUCCGAACUAUAUAUAUACUAUAUCAUAUAUAUACCAUUUAUUAUGUAUUUUUGAUUUUUCUCGAGCCUCAAUUUUGAUAAUUGAUGCGAUUUGCUUAGUUGUUGAUUAUUUGCUUAAGUUCAAACUUAACUUUUAAUAUCGUGUAUGUUUUUAUCAUGGCAAAAACAUGAAAAACAAAAAAAGAAACAAAAACCCAUUUCAUAAUUUUCAAAAUCUUACUUUUUGUUCGGGCUUUAAUUGAUGUCUUCACGUAUAAUUUUCAUUAUGAUUGCCGUAAUUUCAAAAAUUACAUUUAUUUCGUGUUGCCGCAGAAGAAAAAAUAAUUCAAAAUGAAAAAUACAAAAACAAAAAAAUAUACCAGAAAUCAUGUGCAAGUAUUUUCAUGGAAAUAACAAAACAGAAAUAUUGUUAACCCAAAUGAAAAAAUAUUAAAAAAAAAAAACACAAAAAUUUAUAGUUUAGAAUUGAGUAGGUUAAAUUUUAAAUACAUUUCAAAUAUAAAUUAAACGCAUAACAUCUAAAUGUCUUCGCAGAAAGUACAGUACCUAGCAAAUCUAUAAAUAUGUGUAAAAAAAAAGAAGGAACGGAAAGUAAACAAAACAAAUUUAAGAUAAAUACACAAACAAUGUUAAAGUGCACAGUGUGUUUUUUUACAUAUAUAAAUUUAAAACAAUUUCACAAAAAAAUAUGUUAGUUGCAAAACACACAAAAAAAAAUAUUAUUACAAACAAAUAUUGUCUGGAUUGGAGGCUUAUCGUAUUCAUAAAUUUGUCACAUGUUGUUUUUACAGUUCACAAAAAAAUUAUUAAAUAAAAAACAAACAUAUUUUAUAUAAAAUUGACGCUAAAUUUUGAACAAAAGGUAAAACCCUUAAAACUAUUGUGUGUACUACGGUAGUUGCAAUCGAAGCAGCCGCAACCAAAUUGAAAGAACUUUAAUUACAAAAACAAACACAAAACUUAGUAAAAUUGAUUGUACUAUAUGACACAUUUAAGCCACAAAACUUCUUAGCAUAUAUUUUCGCGUAUCAAAAAAUAUUCAAUUUAAUUCAAGAAUUUUACAAAAUUUACAAGU